AUGGACUUUACCACCUGGAGCUCCAACUCCACAGAGCAGUCUGGUUUCAUCCUGGUGGGACUCUUCCGUCAAUCCACACACCCAGCUCUGCUGUGCCUGGCCGUCUUUGUGAUCUUCCUGAUGACUUUGUCUGGAAAUGCACUCCUGAUCUUUCUGAUUCACUCUGACACUCGCCUCCACACCCCCAUGUACUUUUUCAUCAGCCAGUUGUCUCUCAUGGACAUGAUGUACAUUUCCACCAUUGUGCCCAAGAUGCUCAUGGACCAGGUUCUGGGUAAGAACAAGAUCUCUGCCCCUGAGUGUGGGAUGCAGAUGUUCCUCUACUUGACACUAGUUGGUUCAGAGUUUUUUCUUCUGGCAGCCAUGUCCUAUGACCGCUACAUGGCCGUCUGCCAUCCCCUGCGUUACGCUGUCCUGAUGAGCCACAGAGUGUGUCUCCUCCUGGCAUCUACCUGCUGGUUCCUGGGGUCAGUGGAUGGCUUCAUGCUGACUCCUGUGACCAUGAGCUUCCCCUUCUGUGGGUCCCGGGAGAUCCAUCACUUCUUUUGUGAAGUCCCUGCAGUGACAAAGCUCUCUUGCUCUGAUACCUCACUCUACGAGAUGCUCAUGUACCUGUGCUGUGUCCUCAUGCUCCUCAUCCCUGUGACAGUCAUCUCCAGCUCCUAUACCUUCAUCCUCCUCACCAUUCUCAGGAUGAACUCAGCAGAGGGCCGGAAGAAGGCGCUGGCCACCUGCUCCUCCCACAUGACUGUGGUCCUUCUCUUCUACGGUACUGCUGUCUACACCUACAUGCUCCCCAGCUCCUACCACAGCCCCCAGAAGGACAUGGUGGUGUCUGUGUUUUACACAAUCCUCACUCCCGUGUUGAACCCCUUAAUCUACAGUCUUAGGAACAAGGAUGUCACAGAAGCUCUCAGGAAAAUGUGCAGUGUGAGACCUGCCUUUCCAGACAUGAUAAGACAGGGACCGUGA